UUCUUAUCCGGAGAUCUUUUCGCCCUUCGGGCUUUUAUCGUCAUCUUCUAUAGCUUUCUGGCCUGGUGCCCAAAAUAACCUUUUUUUUCUUUCUCUUCCCAAUCCACCAACCUUUCUUUUUCGUUUCCGUGUUUCUAUUUUUCCGGCAGUGAUUUCUACCUCUCCGAUUGCUCCCAAUUUAUCCUUCAGGACGUCACAGAGUUUUUGUGACCCCCUACAUUGUCAUCCAUCUGCUACGUUCUCCCGGUCGGAUCUCGUUUGUUGCUGUCUGCAAGGGUACAGAAUAUGGGUCCCGCUGUGCGUUACCGGCCCAUGUCUCCCAACGGCUCGCGUAUGAUGGAUCCCAUGCGCGCCUCCACCGGCACUGUGCAGCUCAGUUCUUCCUACGAUCCAUACGAUCUCACCAAUCGCUCUGCACACUCAGGCUAUCACCCCGAUGUCAACUACAUCCCAUCCUACGAUUCACGAUAUGCGCGAGAGCCGCGAUUGGAGGCACAACCGAUCUCCUCGACAACGUACCGUGACCCCGGCCACUCGACCAAAUUGAGGACUGAGUACGCUAUCCGCCCAAGGCAGAGGAGCAAUACCGCCUCCGCUGUCGAAAUCCAGUACGCUCCCGGUCGAUAUGAUGCCUCUGGAUCCCCUCUCUCCAGGGCAUCUCCCGUGAUAAUUCCGAGUCAUCACCGGUCUCCAAGCCCGCAGCGAGCCCAAGACCGCUACGUGGUUCCCGCAUCUUCGCACAGACACCACCGACGUCAUCAUCCUUCCAGCACCGAUUAUGCAAGUGAUACUGGCCGUCUAGACCUGACGGACAAGAUGGCCAUGGCACGGAUCCCUCACAAUGCCUACCCGGCCUAUGAACACAGCCCUCGCUGGCGUUAUCCGCCGACCGGGGGUCUUCGAAAAGGAGAAGACAUUGAUGAUUAUGAUGCCUAUUCCUACACGAACCCUCGUGAACAAUUUGAGAAGGACUCUGCUGCCAGAAUGCGCCGUGAUCAGCGUGCUUAUCACAGGGAUAGACCCCUCAGCUUGACUGGCCCGGAUGACCCUCAAUUGCAAUCGAGAAAAGAAUCUCGGGCACUGGGACCGCCUCCAUCACAGAGAGGGUUUGAUCGCAUUGACCAAGGGGGCCGUGUGCGCCGCUCAACCUAUGGUUCAGCUGACAGCGAUGCAGAGAGCUCGAACGCUCGACGGCGGUCACUUCAAAGAGUCCCUGUUUCCUUGCACCAGGACGUUGAUGAGGGUUACUCUUCUUACCGGUCGGAGCACGAAGAUCAUCGUCACCGUCGUCGCCGGCAUCGACGACAUGAUGACGAUCGGUACUCUCGUGACGAUCGUUCAUCACGGAAGUCCUCAUCUAAGGCUUCAGUCAUCUCCGGGACGAGCACUGGACUGGGAACCGCUGUUCUAGGAUACCCUGAUGACUUUGAUUAUGGGCUUUCUCCUCGGACCGAACACCAUCGUUCCCGUGACGUGGGUCGUGAGGACGAAAACAGGCGACACCAUAGUCGAUCCCGGAGACGACGGUCCCGACGUCGUGACGAGAGCGACUCCGAUUCAUAUACAUCCGACGAGGACUUAAAGAAAUACCGACGCGAACCUUCGGCACAUAGAAGGCGAGAUGGCUCUGACGCCUCAGCGAGCAGCAGCGACCGGGUAUCUCAGUACCUGACUGUGAAUCGUGCUCCUCGUCCUCGAUCACAGUCGAGACGUCGUACAGAGGACACAUCGGCCAAGGAUGGUACCAAGCAGGAAAGGCUCAGUUCCCCUGAUGAGUUGAAGAAGCAUGAAUCGGCAGCCGCGAAGGAUCAGGAUCCCCCUGCCCCCAAGGGUAUCCUGAAGCCGCCACGUGCCAAAUUUCCCGAAGAGCCAAACCCUGUGCGAGAAGGCGUGGCACCUCUGAAAGAUGCUCACAAAAAGGGCAUUCCUCCAGGUGCUAGGUGGACAAAAAUUGAUAGGCGACUGGUCAACCCUGCUGCCUUGGAGCUCGGCCGCGAACGUUUUGAGGAACGUUCUGAAUAUGUGAUUGUUUUGCGUGUCCUGAGCAAGGAAGAGAUUCAAGCGUACGCCGUCAAAACGCAGGAGAUUCGAGGUAUGUGCCAAGAACCUUGGUUCGGAGAAGAGUCUGCAUACUGACAACUAGCUAGAUGCUCGUUACCAUGAGUAUAUUCAAGAAAAACGUCGACGUCGCGAGGAAGACCGUCGCCGCGGACGCAAGGUCG